UCUUAAUCUUUUAAAUCAUAUAUCUUCCUAACUUAAAUUGCAAUCUAUAAGCAUGAGUAGAUUAUCCCUUCAAAUUGCAACCGCAGUGAAAUCGUUUCUGCUGGUUUAUUUACUAAGAAGUGUUGUUAUAUCCAAUUUAGAUUCUGGAGUUGGAAGUCUCGAAACCAAAUGCAUUGAUGAAGAAAGGAGAGCUCUCCUCAAGUUCAAGGACAAUCUUAAAUCCUACAACAAUUACACUCUUUCUUCUUGGGGCUAUGAAGAAGAAAAGAAGGAUUGUUGCAAUUGGGAUGGAAUUGGGUGUGACAGCAUAAGUGGGCAUGUCAUCAUGCUAAAUCUUUCACAUCGUCAACUUUCUAUCAGAGGUAAGUCUCUGAACUCUCCAUUGACUGAGUUGCGUUAUUUGGUUUAUUUGGACCUCAGUGGCAUCGACUUGAGUGGUAACAACAUCUCAACUUUGCUUGGAAACACUAUGGUUUCCCUUCAACACCUUGAUCUUUCUUCAACUGAAUUAGAAGGCUCCAUUCCUGAAACUUUUGGGAACAACAUGACUUCCUUUUCAUACCUUGAUCUUAGUUACAAUGAGUUAAACGGUUCCAUUCCAAAUUCUUUAGGGAACAUGACUCUCCUUACACACCUCGAUCUGAGCUUUAAUAGUUUACGAGGUUCCAUUCCAGAAUCUUUUGGUAACAUGGUCAAAUUAACAUAUCUUUCCCUGGAGGAGAAUCUGCUAGAAGGUCGCAUUCCUGAAGCUUUAGGGAAUAUGUCUAUACUUGAACACCUUGAUCUUGCCCGUAACACACUUGAAGGUGAAAUUCCAAAAUCCAUUUGGGACAUAUGCACUUUGUGUGAAUUGUACAUGCCUUCAAACAUUCUUAGUGGUGACCUCCCUGACCUUAGUCUAACAUCAUCCAGCUGUAAAAAUCACUCUCUACAGAUGUUGGAUUUACGUGAGAACCGAAUCGUGGGGUUAUUUCAAUAUCUUUCAUUGUUCUCCUCUUUGAAGUCCUUGGAUCUUUCCUCAAAUCAAAUAGGUGGAAGUGUACCUCCAAGUAUUGGCCAAUUAUCACAGCUGGAGAAGUUAGAUAUUUCAAAUAACCUUUUCGAAGGUGUCAUUUCUGAAGCUCACUUUUUGAAACUCUCCAAACUAAGGUUCUUGGAUUUAUCUUCAAACAAAUUAUUGAUUUUCAAUGUAAGUUCUGCUUGGGUUCCUCCUUUCAAAUUGCAAACCAUAUCCCUUAGUUCUUGUAAGUUGGGCCCUAAAUUCCCAAACUGGCUUCAAACUCAAGUCAAUUAUUCAGUGCUCAAGAUUUCCAACACGGGAAUUUCAGAUUCGAUUCCCAUAUGGUUUUGGAACACAUCUACUGAAUUUCACAUUAUGAAUGCUUCUAACAACCAGAUCAGUGGAAGAAUUCCGAAUCUUUCAAUAUUGAAGUGGGGAGAUAUCCAUGAAGUAGAUUUCAGUUCCAAUCGAUUAGAAGGUGCAAUUCCUAUGUUUCUCUUCAAGGUGACAGGACUGUACCUUUCCAGGAAUAAAUUCUCGAACCUCAAUUAUUUAUGUGACGUUAAGGGUCUAGCAAAUAUGGUAUUUUUAGACAUCUCAUUUAAUCAAUUAUCAGGGACACUUCCAGAUUGUUGGUCAAGUUUAUAUAGUUUGGCAGUUCUCAACUUGGCACACAAUUAUAAUCUAUCAGGGAAACUUCCAACCUCCAUUGGUACAUUGUUGUCCAUUCAGGCAUUACAUCUUGGCAAUAAUAAUUUUACAGGUGGACUACCUUCAUCCUGGAAAAACUGCUCAAGGUUGGUAGCUUUUGAUGUGGGAGAGAAUAACUUGUUAGGACCAAUUCCUAGUUGGAUAGGGGAAAGUCUAACAAAGCUUGCUAUACUUGUCCUAAGAGCCAAUCAUUUCAAUGGCAGCAUACCCUCAAAUAUAUGUCAUCUACAAUCUCUUCAACUGUUGGACUUGUCUAUGAACGACAUCUCAGGAAGUCUUGCCGUGUGUGUUGGUAAUUUUACUGCAAUGAGAAAAGUUGAAGGUAUGCGUGCAACCAUUUCUUAUCUCAUCUCUAUCCCUGUUCCUGCAACUAACUCAUCUGUUUUUACAAUGAGAGAUGAAAAAAUAGAAUUUGUUUGGAAAGGAAUACUGUCUGAAUUUGGAAGAACUUUGGGGCUUGUAAAGAGCAUUGAUCUAUCAUGCAACAUGUUGAAUGGUGAUAUUCCAAGCGAAAUCACUCUGCUCGUUGGGUUAGUUUCUUUAAAUUUAUCGAGAAACAAUUUAAGUGGACAAAUUCCUGCAAGGAUUGGUAACGUGAGGUCGUUAGAUUUUCUCGAUUUGUCAAAUAACCAUUUGUUGGGUCGAAUUCCUCAAGGCCUUUCCUUGAUUGAUGGCAUGGGUGUGCUAAACUUGUCAAACAACAACUUGUUGGGUAAAAUUCCAACAAGCAAUACUGGUAAACUGCAAAGCUUUGAUGCAAGUGCAUACAUGGGGAAUACUGGACUUUGCGGAGAUCCACUCUCUAACAAGUGUCCUGGAGAAGAACCAACCACUCCUCCUAGAUUGAUUGAAGAAGCUGGCAAUGGAGAAGACACAGACAAGCUUAUAAGCCAUGGAUUUUAUGCGAGUAUGGGGGUUGGAUAUGCUGUUGGACUUUGGGGAGUUUUGGGCACAUUGAUCUUCAGCAAGUCAUGGAGGUUUGCAUAUUUCAAGUUCUUAAAUGAUUUUGCAAAUUGGAUUCAUGUUAUUGCAGCAGUGCGCAAGGCAAAGUUCCUCAGGACACUCCGAGAUUAUUAGGGUGUGAUAUCAUCAUUUUCUCGGAGACGAGAUCAGAAAGAAUACAAUUCAACUAACUACAAUAUGCAGAACCGGAAGAAAUUCACAAAGAAAGAGUGGAAUGAUUUUACAUUAAGAAUAUUAUUAUCUGAUAUACCUACUGUUUUUGUGUGGUUCAAAAUGUUAUUUCCUUUUACACUUCUGAGGCAUUGCAUUAAGAUAAUUCCGUCUUCGAAAAAAAAUUAUAAAUUAAACAAAAUAAAUGCUAUAUUGUCUAUUUUACCGUU